AUUUAUGGGAAGUGAGUUGCCGACAUUUCCGGGUCGACACGAACAUUCCAACUUGAUGUAACUUUCAAUCCAUUUCUUUGCAAAUUUAUUUUGGAGGUAGACUUAAUCCAAAAAGUCGACGAAGGCUGAUUUUAUGGUUUUCUUUUUUUUUUUUUUACAGGAGUUUGUGUCGUGGAUUGUCAGGACAAAUGUUGUGGCACAUUCUGGACGCUCGAAGCUAUCGUUGAGCUGCAAACAAGAUGCAGAGACCGGUGACCACUCUGCGCUUAAGUCCGCAGAUCAAAGUCAAAGUCCUCAACGCCGGUUUUCAGACGCUUGAUGACGUCACACAAGUCAGCGCACUCGAGCUUAGUCGAGAGGCGGGUCUGAGCCAAGAGGAGGCGCUGGAGGUGCUCCAGGCCGCGAGGAAGGAGGCAGGAGCUGAUGAAGAAGGAGCAGGUGAUGGCGCUUCUCUGACCGCGCUGGACCUUCUGCAGAAGGAGGAGGCGCUAACUCGCAUCGUGACGUUCUCCUCACGGCUGGACGCCGCGCUUGGAGGAGGACUUCCUGUUGGGAAAAUCACCGAGAUCUGUGGAGUGCCCGGAGUGGGAAAAACACAACUUUGUCUCCAGCUGGCCGUGGACGUUCAGGUGCCUCCUUGUUUCGGCGGUCUGGGAGGUCAGGUGGUCUUCAUCGACACGGAGGGAAGCUUUGUGGUCCAAAGAGCGGUGGACCUCGCCGCCGCCGCCGUCCGCCAUUGCACCCUGCUGGCCGAGGAAGCGGAGCAGCGAGACGCCGCGGCCGCCUUCACCGUGGAAACCAUCCUGUCCAACAUCUUCACGGUGCGUUGCCAUGACUACGUGGAGCUCCUGGCCGAGAUCUACCUGCUGCCCGACUUCCUGUCGAGUCACCCGAAGGUCCGCCUGGUGGUGAUCGACAGCGUGGCCUUCCCCUUCCGUCAGCACUUUGACGAGCUGCGCGGUCAGCGGACCCGCCUCCUCAACGGCCUGGCCCAGCAGCUCAUCUCCAUGGCAACCAAGCAUGACGCGGCGGUGGUCCUGAGCAACCAGAUGACCACGCGGCUGCAGGGCGACCGAUCUCAGCUGGUGCCCGCUCUGGGGGAGAGCUGGGGCCACGCGCCCACCCUGAGACUCCUCCUACGCUGGGCAGGUCCACAAAGGCAGGCGACCAUCUUUAAGUCUCCCGAUUGCGAGGAAGCCACGGUCUGCUACCAGAUCACGACGGAGGGCUUCAGGGAUGACGACGACGACGACGACGACCGAUCGGAGCGGCCGCCGAGUAAACGCCCCCGAACGCUCGCAGGCCAGUCGGCCGCCUGCUAGAAACAAACAAAAAAAAAAAGGACGGCGGCUUGUCGUGGUGGUCGAAGCGGCCGUCCCGAGGGGUGAACCGAUCGGCGCUUAU